AUGAUCGUUAAGAAGCUGUUGCUUUAUAUUUUUGCUCUGACCGGAUUAGUUUGCAGUGAGUUAGGGGAAAGAAUAAAUAGAUAUGACCUAUUCCAUCAUGACCAAGUGAGGCAUCACAUAAGUAAGAGGGAUGUCUACAUUAAGUUUCCUGAUACAAGAAGACUCGAGUUCAAUAGCUUGGGAAAAAACUUUAAACUGGAAUUAAAAAAAGAGACGUCGUUAUUCACAAGUGACUUCCGAGUGACGGUCAUCAAUGGGCAGGGGUCCAAGAAGACGGUCGAUAUUCUGCCUAACCUGUAUCACGGACAUGUCCAAGGUGAUCCAACAUCGAAAGUUGAAGCCAUGUUUCAUAGAGAUGAUUUGUUUACUGGCAAACCGUCAUGGCGUCAUAUACCUCACGACACAAACUCAACUAUGAUUGGCUAUAAAGAAAAUGACGUCAAUUAUAAAUUUGAUCUCGGAACGAAACGUGAAACGUCAUCAACAUGUACCAAAGAUAAUAAAGUUUGUACGUUGAUGCUGGUAGCUGAAUACAAUUUCUUCAAAAACAUGGGUAACGGCGAUGUGGAAGCUACCACUGGAUAUAUGAUCAGUGUCAUUGAUCAAGUCAACCAGAUAUACUCGAGGACUGCUUUUGGCGGUUGUGGCACUGGCUUCCAAUUUGAGAUAAGAGAGGCUGGAGUAGUUCGUUGA